AUGCGGGACGGGUUGGACGGGGUGGCCCGCGACACGGAUCGAGCGAUACUGUUGUACGAGAUGGCGGUUGAGGAAGACAAGAACGCGGAGGCGGUAGCCAAGCUUGCGGCGUUGCGGCGGGACAGAUCAGACGGCAGUGCGCGGGACGAGGGGUGAGUGAGAGAACAGAGGAAGGGGACGUCGGGAUGGAGGGCGUGGGGCAGUGGGAGGGGGGGAGGUGCCACAUAGAUAAGCGGCGUAAUGUGACAUAUUUUUAGUGUAAAUGUUUUCGGUUAAGACAACGGUAACACG